AUGUAUAUAUGGAGCGUGAGAGCUACAUCUCUUACAUCUCAAGUCUCUUUUUCAUUCACUUUCACUUUCAUUCUCCUCGAUUUCGACACUCCCAAUGUCCAUAUUCACGCAAUGUAUAUACAUUUUGCUGGCCAAUAUACGCAAUUCUUUGCCUUUAAACUAUACAGUUGUAGUAACGAUUGUGACAUAUUCGAACGUUAUCGUCGAUGA